AGUUCGCCAGGACUCCCACUCUGUUCCGCUCAUCUCUGCCGCUGUCAGCAGGGCCUGAGGUUCGCCGCGUUACGAAAUGGCCGAACAGUCCGACAAAGCCGUGAAGUAUUACACCCUGGAAGAGAUCCAGAAGCACAACAACAGCAAGAGCACCUGGCUAAUCCUGCACCACAAAGUGUACGAUUUGACCAAAUUUUUGGAGGAGCAUCCUGGUGGGGAAGAAGUCUUAAGGGAACAAGCUGGAGGUGAUGCUACUGAAAAUUUUGAGGAUGUUGGACACUCCACAGAUGCUCGAGAGUUGUCCAAAACGUUCAUCAUUGGGGAGCUGCAUCCGGAUGACAGAUCAAAGAUUGCCAAGCCUUCGGAAACUCUUAUUACCACUGUUGAAUCUAAUUCCAGCUGGUGGACCAACUGGGUGAUCCCAGCCAUCUCAGCACUGGUUGUAUCCCUGAUGUAUCACUUCUACACAUCGGAAAACUAAAAACAUUCUCAGAAGCCAAUGGAAGAAAAGACUGCUCUGGUCCAGGGAGAAAGAAGCUACCAUUAACUGCCUUGAUUGACAGAAUACUUCACUGGAAAAUAAUUUCAGUAUACCUGUUUCCUUUUCCUCCUGCAUUAGUCAUAAAACAAAUCAAAAAGCACUGUUCUAUUCUUUCUACUCCUCAACUUUUAGAGUGUGCCUUUUUAUUCAUCAGCUUUGUUUUGAUGUUCCAUCACUACAUCAUUUGCUUAGUGUGGGCACAAUCUUUUAAAACCUAUCACAUUUGCCUGUCUCUUUGGUGUAUAAUUGUCUGUAACGUUUGAAAUCUGAUUAUUUGGCAGUCAUUUAAUAUGCUGAUCACUCAGACCUGCGUUGUCUGUCUCGUGCGAGGAGGAGCAUCCUUGAGUCUCUUACUCUGCUGUUUCAUCUAAUUGAAUAAUCAGGUACUACAUGUUUCCAAUGUAGUUUUUCCCCCCAAGGGAAAUAUGAAAAGCCCAGAAAUAAUAGCUUAAAGAUUUCUAAUAGUUGUUCUACUUGAAAAGUUGAAUAGAUGAUAAAAAGGAAAAAUGCCCUAUAGGACAGAGAAAAGAGACUCCAUCUCUUUGAUUAAAAAAACACUAGCAACAUCAACAAAAGCCUGUGAACCAUGAGAGAACAUUACCACUGUCCCUUCUCUCAGCUUAAAAGAUGUCAUUCCAAAGAGGUUCUCGGUUACAAAGGUUCUAAAGUUUUACAGAUUCCUCCUUCAGAGGUGAAAACUGUUUAUGUGCUCCUGUAAGGAAAUGCUGAUUCUCUUAAUUUGAAAGACAUUGGCACAUUUGGAAUCUGAUUUUUGAAGAAAUUUAGCUUCUGGUGAUGGGCCAUAAGGAACUCUGGUGUGGCUCCAGUGGACUGACUCAUCAUCUGUCUUCAUUUUUCUCAGCCUCAUGCUUUUUUUCUUUAAAUAUGGAAACUUGAGAGAUGAUUUUAUAGAGUUGAAGUACUUCAUAGUUAGCAAUGAUUGUCCAUUGGCGUGCUAGAUGAUUUAUGAGCCAUGGAGUUCUAGAGAAAUAACUAAAACACAUUGGAAAGGAAUUUUUCUAAAUAACAGAGCAUCAUAGAUUUUUAUAAUCAAUGACGUAUAUCACCCUCUGCCUGGAAGUUAGAGUGAAGUUGGAGGGCGGUGGAGCAGGUGGCUGUGUCGUGUGGGAAAAUGCCUGGCAGAGGAAUCCUUUGUUCAGAUUUUAAUAAACAUAUAUCUGAAA